AUGGACACGUGGCAGAUCCUCCACAUCCCAGACAACCCCCCAAUCGCUCCCGACCAACAACCCACAGUGGAUGUAAUUGCUUCACUCAUCGACCCAAAAUUUGCUAACACUCUUGUAAGGCGUUUGAAUCAAAUAUCACCACUGGAAAAUCUCCGCCACGUGAAGCGGGUGAAGAAGAAAUUUGUUGAAGGAGGAAAAACUCAACUAUCUGUGAUCUUAUGUCUAGCUUCUGAAAAUGGUAAUCAGUUGGGGAGCAUGCAGAAUGAUGUACAGGAGCUAAUGAAUUCCUACAAGUUGAGUCCUUUUAUCACAAAAGUCUGCAAGUAUGCUGCAUUAUCAAAAGAAGAGUGGGAAGAACAAUGCAAGCUAUGGCCAACAUCUUAUCAUCCACCAACCUAUAAUAUUGAUGGCAUUACUGGAUUCAGUGAAGAGGACUCACAAUCAGUGUUCAGAUUCAUGAAGUACGCUAUUCAUUUGGCAAAGUCUAGCGAUAAUUUGGUAGUCAAUGCUGCAGUUAUAGUGGAUCCUUUAGUUAAACAGGUAAUCACUACUGCAUGUGAUCAAACUUGCUCUUCGUAUAGUCCCACAAACAAGAUCACCCUUGAAACCAGCUGCUGUGAAAAGCUAGAAGCUUUUAUUUCCCAUAGUGAUUCAGAUGGAGUAUUGAACCAUCAAACUGUGCAUUCAAAUAGUUUUCAAGACAAAUCAAAACAAUUAUGUACCAGUGUAUCUUGUUUAUAUCCUUGGCAAUGGGCUGAUCAACAAUCAGACAUGAGUUCGUGUUAUUGGCACCCUUUACGUCAUGCUGCCAUUGUUGCUAUUGAAUCUUCUGCUGCCAGAGACAGAUAUCUUUUCCCCAGUUUGGGAAAAAUCCAAGAUAAGUCUUUUGAAAUGGACAACAUGCAGUCUUCUUCUGCAGGCUCUCCAGCAAAAAGACAAAAGACUAAUUCUACAAAUGUUCACAGUGACGAUGACAAUCUGGACACUAAUGGUGAAGGUUCCAGUUCUUUAUCAGCCAGGCCUUAUCUAUGUACAGGUUUUGACAUGUACCUUGUUUGGGAGCCGUGCAUAAUGUGCGCAAUGGCACUUGUCCAUCAGAGAAUUAGGCGUAUAUUCUUUGCUUUCCCAAACCCAAAUGCAGGGGCAUUGGGUAGUGUUCACAGACUACAAGGGGAAAGAAGCUUAAAUCAUCACUAUGCUGUAUUCAGAGUGUUGGUGCCUCAACAAAUCCUUAGUGGGGAGGGAUGA